CAAGAUGAGAAACCCAUUGGAUCGUGGUUGUGUACUAAAGGGCCGUACCAGGAGUACAUCGCAGCCCUGAGCGACUCCAACCCCGGUCUCAGAACUGCAGAUCCAAACAACUUGACUGGUAAAGCCCCACUGAUGACUGCUGGCGGCGCCCACGUGGUGAUGUUAGAGAACUCUGCGAUUGACGAGCGUCAAUUCGCAAGGACCGAGUUCAGAGACGCAGCGCAUCUCAAAACGCAUUUGAGAGAUUCGUCUCGUGAUCAUGGACGACGACGCAUCUACAUCAUGGAAGGCCUAGCAACCGAUUAUGUCGACGCGAUAGGUAGUCACUUCUGGAUGGAUCCCACGUUUUGGUUGCGACAAGAAAGGACUUGUGUGUGGAGUAACGAUUUCACGCCUGUCAGCGACGCAUUACCUCAGCCAAGCUUAAUUAACCCUGAGGAGAGCUUCCAUGUGCAGUACUGUGAGCUACGAGAGUUUAACAAGGCGCUGGAAACUUUGCCUUGUUUUUGCGCUAGGACUAAGCGGCACGUGGGUAUGACUGCACCACGCACAGGAAACACUACAACCGCCAUCCUGAGGCGAAAGGUCAGUUGGUGGUGUCAAAAAACUGACACAAAGGGUAGUUGGGAUGUGGUGAUCCUUUGCGACCCGCAACUCACACAGAUGGAUAUCUACCCAAAAGAGAAGAUAUACAACGAAAAGACUGGUGGUUAUGACCUUUGCGAGAUCAAAGAUCCUGAUAUCACCCUUCAAAACGAGCCUUUCCAGGGAGGCUAUACAGAUUUCGUCCCACCGUUACCGCUCAAGCCUGGCGAACUUCCAUCUGCUAUCCGGCAUCCUCACAAGUCCAUGCUUUACGACCUCGUGUAUUACUACGAAACGAAGUCCAAACUCCUCGGAGAUGAGGAAUGGAAAGAGCCCAGUAAUUCCGCAAUCUUCUUGAAGAAGAUCGUUGCUGCACACUAUCUUCAAUUGGCCGACUACAUUAAGGUGAUGCUGCCAUCCCUGGAACUCAAAUUGACAACGGCGUGGGUAGAAGAGCAGGAGCAGUGGAAAGCUCUCCAGACUAUCUCUCGACGCUGCGGCAAUUACCGGGAUGAUAUCGAGGAUACUUUGCUAAGUUUGGGCUAUCCACUGGAUGGACCGGGGCAGAAGGAGGAAAAGUUGAAGAAGAAGAUUUACGACUGGAAAGACUGCGAAAUCGACUACCAAUAUGUGUAUCUCCGCUUGAAGAUCCUUAAAGAGCGCGCAGAUAAUCUCAUGACAUCCAUGACCGGUCUUGCGAGCAUCGCUGGCAAUCGCCAAAACCUCGAGGAAGCCAAGCGUGUCAAGCGCCUCAACCUGCUUGCGCUCCUGUUUAUCCCACUGGCGUACACGAGCAGUCUGUUCAGCAUGCAAGACAAUUAUGCACCCAAUAAACCCCAGUUCUGGGUCUACUGGGUCUGCGCAAUCGGCGUUGUCAUGUUCACCUCUGUCGUUACCUGGGUCCUCGACCGUGCGCUCAACGAUGAGGCUCAGUGGACUCUAGAAUUCUUCAAAAGCAUGGUCGGUUGG